GUAGCUAUAAAGAUAGCAGCGCGGGGUCUUCAUCGUAAUUCGUUCUUAACCCCAAAAUAUAACAUUAGUACCAUAUUAACGAAAACUAUUAAAUAUCAAAACUAAUAUCUGACAAAAUGGGCCUAUUUCCAGCACCCCGUCGAGUAGUCACCGGCCACGACGACAAUGGAAACGCAGUUUAUGUCGAUGAUAAACAGAUUGUCCCCGAGCCAACUGGCUUCGACUGCGACUUUGCUGUUUUGUACGAAACCCAUCAAUUUCCAGCAUCAAAUGACAAAUGGGAAGACCCGAUUUUGGAGUCAACGAAGUCGCUGGCGAAUGGCAAGGGCGUGGUCAUUCGUGUGGUAGAUUUUAAGCCAAACACGAAGACUCGCUUUCAUCGAACCAUGUCGCUCGAUUUCGGAAUUAUAUUCGAAGGAGAAAUGAUCUGCUACCUCGAUAACGGUGUCGAACUAAGUCUCAAACGGGGUGAUGUCUGUGUUCAACGGGGAACCAUCCAUGGAUGGGAGAACAGGACAGACAAGCCUGCUCGGAUAUACUUUGUCCUUACAGCUGCCGACCCGGUCAAUGUGAAUGGAAAACUACUCACAACUGCCGGCUUCCAUGAUCAAGAAGCUGAGUCAGGAGGGAAAUAGGGAAGGAAAAUAGAAUAAAUCUAGAGGCUAGAUUCAAAAUUAGGGGCUUCAAUAUUUGUUGGAUAAAUGUCAAGAAAAUAAGUAAAUUACUUGAGAACAUCAAUCAUUGAUAUUUAGGACAAGUGUGAUACGUAGUUUGAAGCCUAGUUAUUGACAAC